AUGGCGAGCCAGAGUAUAUUCUCCACGGACAAGCCAGCAUUUGCAGCUCCUCGGCACGAUCCGAAUGUCCAAGAUGUAGAUGUGGUGGUGGUGGGCGCCGGAUUGAGCGGCCUCCAAGCGGCAACGGAUGUGCAGGACGCCGGGUUUUCGUGCGUCGUGCUCGAAGCAAAGGAUCGUGUGGGUGGCAAGACACUCUCGACCACGGUCGAGAACGGCCGUGGAGUGGUUGAUCUUGGAGCGGCCUGGAUCAAUGACACCACACACUAUAAAAUGUAUGCGCUAUUCAGGAAGUUUGGGUGCGAGCCGAUCGUCCAGAAGAUGGCUGGGCACGAAGUCUUUCGCAUGAGUGCUCAAGAUCCUUCGUUCAAGACUCAAUGGCCUGGUCUGCCGGCUGUGGAUGAGGUGGAAAGACGGAUGUUUGAGAAGAUUGCUGCUGAUAUGGAUGUGGAUUGCCAGUCUAUUGACCUUCAUGACUCUGUCGCAAAUGGUCACGUCGAAGAUAUUCCGCUCGGAGAAUAUUUUCGACGCAAAGUUGGGGAUGGCUUCGCCCGGCGGUUGUGGACGGCUUGGAUCCAUGACUUGACGGGAACAGACCCUGAUGAUAUCGGACUGGUAUAUUGGUUGGACUUCGUGAAGAGCGCUGGUGGAGUUGAAAGUCUUCUGAGCGAUGGACCUGCAGGUGCUCAGUAUAUGACCAACAGACAUGGGAAUCAAACCAUUUCUCAGCGACUAGCAGAAAACCUUGCCCUUGGAAGCGUGUAUCUAAGUCGUCCAGUCAACGGCAUUACUCAGACGAACACUGGAACUCUGGUCGAAACCCUGUCUGGAGAGUCCUUUCGGGCACGCAAAGUCCUAGUCUCUAUUCCCACCCCUUUAUACCGGCACAUCAGAUUCUCACCUUCUUUGCCAUCGGACAAGCAAGAGUAUGUGGACUCCGUAUACCUCGGGCCGUACUGUAAGUGUCUCUUGUUAUACUCGAGUCCUUGGUGGCGAGAUGCGGGCUUCAAUGGCUCGUUUGUCGAUUUGUCGGGACCCGUCGUGUUUUCUCGAGACGUGUCAUCGGAUAAGGACAAGAUGUACGCUAUCUCAUGUCUCAUUGGCGGUCAGUAUGCACUCAAGUGGUCGCGUCUGCCUAAAUCCCGCAGGGUGAACGCAAUCAAAGACCAACUAGCCUCAAUGAUGGGUGCCGAGCAUGGAGAGAAGGUUUAUAGCACAAUCCAGACGAUCGAGAAAGCAUGGGCUAAUGAGCCCUUCAUUGAGGGCGUGCCUUGCCCUAUGCCUGCCCCUGGUGGUAUCUGGCCACGUCUUGGAAAUGCACUGCGAAGGUCAUUCGGGAACGUACAUUUCAUAGGCACGGAAACUGCCAUCGAAUGGAAAGGGUACAUGGAGGGAGCAGUUCGUGCUGGGGAGCGAGGGGCUGCUGAGGUUGUUGCAGGUCUCAAGGCGGCAAAGAGAUAG